CCAGGUUUUACAUGGCAGGAUGACUAUACCCAGCACGUGAUGGCUCAGGAGCUUGCAAACCUCCCCAAGACCUACCCAUGGCAUCCAGAAGCUUCCAGCCCAGCCAGGGUGAGGACACCUUUCCUGAGAGCAUCCUAACCUACAGGGCCCACACGGCUGCACUGACCUACCCUCCUGCAACCCGAGUCAAGUACCCUGACAGCCUCCUGCAGCCCCUUAGCCAGCUCCAGCCAGAUGAGCUCAGCCCCAAAGCGGACAGUGGUGUGGACAGACAGCAGCUGAUCACAGCUCUAGGUGCCUACACUGCUCAGAGGCCUCCUGGAGAAAAUGACCCAGGGCCACAAUACUUUCUACAUAGCCCCUCAAGAGCAUCGAGGCCCCUCUUAGCACCUGCUGCCUCCCAGAGACGGCCCUUGCCUCCAGGAGACCCCAAAGACCCCCCAAGCAUGGGAGAUGACAUGCUCCUGUGGAGUCUCCUGAAGGACCUGCAGCAGCAAUCUGAGGUGCCACGCCUGGGCCCCCUGGAGCUGGAGGAGAUGGCAGAUGCAAUUGCUGGAGCCAUGCAAGGCGACCAUGCAGGGAGGCCAGGAUGGCCACGGGAGAGGGGCCGAGGGACAACUACAAGAACAGGAGAAUGGCCCGGAAGCAGUGCUCCAAGAUCACAGACUCUCAGAGGAGGAUGAUCCAGUAUAUGAGGAGGUCAGCCGUCUGAGCAUACAGCUUGGAGACCUCUUGAAGGACCGUGGGUCUCCUCUUUUACCUGAAGCUCCCCUUCUAGAAAAGUCCUCCAGAGCGGAGAUCAAGAAAUCAGAGCAGCCCGAGGAGCCCUCGUCUUCCAAAGAGGAGACUGCUGGGGUGGAACACAUGAGGAGCCGGACUUAUUCCAAAGACCUGCUAGAGAAUAAGCCGAACUCAGAGCAACAAACUGAACUCCGAAACUGGCCUACGGGGGUGUGGCAGGGGGAGCAGAGCCUCUCAGAAGCAGGACAGGGACCCUCCAGGGGAGGCCUGCAGCUAGAAGUCCAGCCCUCCAACAGGGAGCAGCAGGGAUACAUCGUGACGGGGAACAGAGUUCUAGGACCAGCAGUGACCUUCAAAGUGAGUGCCAACGUCCAAAACAUGACAGCUGCAAACAUCACAAAGGGUAU